AUGUUUAACCAGUUCGUACUAAAAUCCGACGAAAGCUCCAGCGAGAGGGAAGAAAGACAGGAAUGUAAACUCGAGCGUCGGUCCAACCGCAUACCUAUUGCGUUUUCUGGAUUCCUUUCUGUAUACACGCGUCGUCUCGAUCGAAUCGGAGCCCCCACGGCUUUCAAAAAGUGGUUCCUGGCCGACGACCAACGGAGUGGUCCCGUACGGCAGGACUACGAGAGUCGAGAACAGCCACCCCGAAUUGGUGUUGUAUUCUCCAGGGAAGAGCGCAGGCAGUCAGAGGCCCGACGUGGGGAUGGGCCUGGUGACAUACUUCAGAAGGCUCUGGAACUCUCGAAUCGGCUCUCCCUCCGCUCCAAGAAAAGUGCCACAGAGAACCUUGAAGCUCAUGAGGAAUACAUAUAUCUCCAUCCAAUAGCGUCAUCGCCUGCAGCGGAGGGAGUCCGCUCACACGGAGCGGAGCCCGCACUCCUUGCGCUUGUGGUUGUUGAUACCGAGUACCUAACCUGGGUUUUGGGACGGGAUACAGUAUGGGCUGGAGAAUCCGACCAAGCCGCAUUGUGCUGA